AUGACUAGAUUUUAAAUAAUUAAAAUUUUUAAUAAAUUUAAAUAUUUUUUUGAUUAUUUUGUUUAAUAAUUUUAUUUUGAAAUAAAUAACAAAGCUUUUAUUUUAAAAAUAGUAAAUUUAAUUAAAAAAUUAGGAUUCACAUCAACAAAUCAAGCUCAAAAAUAGAAUUACAUAAUAUUAUAAAUAUGUAAUUCCUAAAUUUGGAAUAGGUAUUUUAUUUUUAAAAAAGAGAAAAAUUAUAAAAUUAAUUUAUUUUAAUAUUUGAAGUUUCUUAAAGCAGACUUAAUAAGUAAAAAAGACUUAUUUCUUAGUUUUAAUUAUUCUAAGAUGAAGGACUAAAUUUAAUGCGAUUUGAGUAAAUCCAUUUCUAAAUGUAAAAAAACUGAAAAUUUGUUUAUCAGUUUGAUUUCUUGCAAUAUAAGCACUCAGGGAAUAUCAAAAAUAGGAGAAGGAUUAUCAAAUUGUAUCAAUUUAGAAAAUUUAACUCUAAAUCUGAGCACAAAUUAAAUAAUGUCAUAGGGUAUUUCUAAUUUAGGAUAGUCUCUUCUAUGCUGUACUAAUCUCAAAAAGCUCUAAUUAAUUUUAAAUUCAAACUACAUCAAUGAAAAUGGAGCAUCUUAACUAGGAAUCAGUUUAGGUAGAUGUUAAAAUUUAACAUAAUUAGAACUUUCGAUGAACUACUGUGGAAUUGGUAAUUCCGAUUUGUUACUUUAAGUAAUUUAAAAUAAAAAUUUGAAGGUUUUAAAACUUUAUUUAAGAUAAACUUCUCUUGAAGAUUCUGGUGUAAAUCAAAUGGGAAAUACUCUUUUGAGUGCUACUAACAUCAAUUAUUUGGUAUUAGACUUAAGCUAAAAUAAUAUAACUGAUGCUAGUGCAGCAAAUCUAGCCUUUUGUCUAGGAAAAAGCAAUCAUUUAUCUUAAUUGGAACUACAUUUAGAGUAAAUUAAAAAAAUAGGAAGCAAAACUGGAUCUUAAAUAUUUAAUAGCUUAAAUUAAAAUCAAAAUUUAUCUCAAUUAGCUUUGAAUUUAGGCUCGCUUGAAUUGGGAGAAGGAACUUUUUCAUGGUUCGAUUCAGCUCAAGUAAGAAAUAAUAUGAAAUUUUUAGAACUUAAAUUAAAUUCUAAUUUAAUUGAUGACCUUUGUGCAUAAUCAAUAAGUCAAUCAUUGAGAUCUUUUAAAAAUUUAGAGGAAUUGAUGCUUUUUUUAAGCUUCAAUAAGAUAAGCGAUACUGGAGUCACUGAUCUAGGAUAAUCUCUAUAGUAGUUUGAAAGUCUUUAGUCUAUUAAACUAAAUUUAAGUUAAAAUUUGAUUAAUUAACAAGGCUCUUUAAAUUUAAUCUCUUCAAUAUAAUCUUGUAAAUGCUUAAAAACUUUGGUACUUGAUUUAAGCUCAAACAGCAUAGGAAGUGUAGGAGUAUAAACUAUAGGAAGGCUAUUAAGAAACUGCCAAAAUUUGACAGUGUUGUCACUUAAUAUUCAAUAGAAUUUACAAGAUCAGUAAGCAGAAUAAACAAUUCAAACUGAUAUUCCAAAAAUUUCUAAAUUAGUUUAAUAUAAUUUAUAAUGA